AGCAACAGUAAAAACAAGAGAGAGGGAGGGCCAAAGGGGAAGAGACAGGGAAGAGAGUUUUUAUUUAACUUCCAGAUUCUGGAGGUUAAUCUGUAUUACCUCUUCUUCUUCCAUUUUGUUUUUCCUCGUGUAUGCCACCACCAAAAGGCAGGAAUGCAUCUGGGUUUGUUGCUGCAUGAAAUCUACAAUGCUCUUCUGUUCUAACCCUCUGAUUGCCUAUAGUUUGCCCCAGAUCAGAGACACGCUCUAAGAUCUGGCCUUCCCAAGGAAAAAUGAAAUCAAAAUCAAAGAAAGGGUGGAAAACCAUGGUGACUUUUCGUUUGAGGAACAAAUCAGCCUCUCGUUUUCGUUUGUUCCCAAAGGUGAAGCCAACCAGCUUUGAACCAGGAAGUACUCCUGUGUAUCUAAAUGUAUAUGACCUGACACCAAUGAAUGGCUACUUCUACUGGGCAGGCCUUGGUAUCUUUCACUCUGGAGUGGAAGUUCAUGGUGUGGAAUAUGCAUUUGGAGCUCAUGACUUCCCAACAAGCGGCGUUUUUGAGGUUGAACCAAGACAGUGUCCAGGGUUCAAGUUCAGGGAAUCAAUAUUGAUUGGGAGGACAUCUCUGGACCCUAUCCAAGUUAGGCAAUUCAUGGAGCACCAUUCUACUAGAUAUAAUGGCAAUACUUAUCACUUGCUUGCCAAAAACUGCAACCAUUUCUGUAAGGACAUUUGUUACAAGCUUACUGGGAAACGGACCCCAAAAUGGGUAAAUCGACUUGCAAAGUUAGGUAAAUCUUAUCUCAUCCCACCUUUAACAACAUUUCAGAUUGCAGUUUCUUAUAUUACUCUGACCAACUUUGAUCUUACCAACACCUCACUAGCAAACGUUCUCAAGAUUCAUACUUGUCUAGUAUAUUGUAGUAAAAAAAUACGCUGCAAUGCUUAUUCUGACAGCAAAGUUGAGGCUAGUGGUGCCUUAUGAUCUAAAUUUUUGUUUUCACCAUGAAGUUAUUGCAUUCUUGUUUCUUACCAUUCUUCCUAGUUAGACUGCUUGAGUAAUUUGCAUGAAUUCUUUUAUGGAGCAUAACUGAGAAAGUGUGGUUGAGGGCUGUUUUGUUGGGAAAAAGCAUCCUACAGCAUCUGCCUAGAACUGUCAAUGGCUACUGUUUUAGCUGUGCAGAACAUUGCUGUCUAGACACCUUCCCCCGAUUCAGGAAAAAGGAAAAAAAAUUUGUUGUUGCGCUGCAUGGAUGUAAUGUUUACUUAUGUGAUCUUUUAACUGUGUUAGGUUCAAUGUGCAAUUGCAUCCUUCCUGAUGCCUUUAAGACUUCUGUUGUGCGACAUGAGCAACCAUACAACAGUGAAAAGAAGAGGUUGACAUUAACAUGCUCCUUCAGUUUCCUUUCCUCUUUGUCAAUGCAGCAGAAGUCUGCAGAGCUCCUAAAAUCACCUCAAAAGGGCCUCUUAUCACCAUGGGGAUCGAUCAGAUCAGACCAUUCAUCAGUUGAGGAAAAGGAAAAUUGAUUGUGAUGGUCUUUUUUCUCUUGCAUAAAUCGACGCUUUCCAGUUCAACACGGCAGUUUCUUCCUAUGUAAAAUCCUAUGUCAGUAAUGGGAGGCUGUAAUUACCUUUGGUUUUCUUGUUUGUGGAAUUUGUAAUAUCAGAAACUCUAAUCCACCGUUAAUUUAAGUUGUUGAUCUAUUACGAUCAGAGUUUGGACUCGUGACAUACACGGCAAAGAAUGUAAAUACUAGUUCAAAUAAAACGUACGUUGUGAUCGUCAUGAUUUUCUUCUGUAUGAGAUGACAAGAACUCUCAAAUGAUUUACGCUGUAAACAGUGGCGGACCCAGGAAUUUUGGUCAGGGUCGGCAAGUCUUGAAAUAAUGCAUUGUAAUUUUG